GGAUCUACUCUGACGCUGGCUUUCAUAGUCACCACCAAAGGACAGGGACGAUUUGAAAGACAGCAUGCAGAGCACGGAAACUUGAACCAGUGGGCAUCAGCUCCACUUUACAUCCACGACGACCAGCGAGAGCAAACAGAUGGCACCGCAGACUUCACAGGGGCUAAAAAGCCUUGGAAAACUAAGAACUAAGAAAACCUAAUGGUUAGCUACCACUAACACCAGCUCAACACAGAUGUGUAGUAUGGACAUGACAAUGUACAUGGGCUACAGAGUCAUCACUGAGUAUAACUUCACUGUGCACCUAAAUGACACACAGGGAGUCGUCUCAGAUUUUCUGCGGACGGCUUCGGAGAAUCAUCAGCGUUACAUUAUCAGCCUCAUCCUCUCCAGCCUCUACACCAUACUGCUCUUCCCCAUCGGCUUCAUCGGGAACAUCCUCAUCUUAGUUGUCAACCUGGACCACAGGGGCCGCUUGACAGCCCCAGACCUCUACUUUGUGAAUCUGGCCGUGGCUGACCUUGUCCUCGUGGCUGACUCUCUGAUCGAGGUGUUCAACCUGAAGCAGGGCUACUACAACAAGGCCGGCCUCUGUACCUUUAUGAACCUGUUCCAGCAGGUCAACAUGUACAGCAGCGUUUUCUUCCUAACAUGGAUGAGCUUCGAUCGGUUUGUUGCACUGACUGGCUUCAUGGGCCGCAGCAUGCCGCGUGCACGCCUCAGCUGCUGCCUCAUCUGGGUGUCAGCGUCCCUGCUCACCCUGCUGCCUUUUGCUAUAGCUCAAGCUCAGCACGCUGGGGAGCUCAACUUCUGCUUUGCCAACGUGACCCAGAUUCAGUGGCUGGAGGUGAUGCUGGGUUUCUUGCUGCCUUUCUGCGUCCUGGGCCUGUGCUACUGGAGAAUAGCUCAGGUGCUCCAGCGCAGCCAGAGGGAACAGGAUGGCCCACAGCAGAGGCCUCGCAGGCAGAAAGCCCUGCGGAUGAUCUCAGCUGCUGUGUUAGUCUUCUUCCUCUGCUGGCUCCCGGAGAACGUGUUUGUAAGUGUUCACCUCCUGAGAGGUGACACAGAUGGCAGCACACUGUGGCAGGACUACCCCCUGACAGGUCACACCGUGAGGCUGGCAGCCUUCUCUAACAGCUGCCUGAACCCGCUCAUCUACAGCUUACUCGGGGAGACCUUCCAGGAUAAAAUGAAGCUUUUUCUCCAGCAGAAGGGCAGAUGGGCCAAGUUGCACAGGUCAGCCUCAGGAAAAUCCUUCUAUGCACCAGCUGCAAACACAUGCAGCCACGCAACAUGCGACAAACCAAGACAGACCACACAUUUAAGCUCUAAUAUCCUCCCACAAACUGUUAUACUCCCUUCAAAUUAAAACCACCUGCAUAUGGCAAGUCGCACAGACUAACACAGAUAUCUGUGCCAUGAGUUUAAAGUCGUCAUUAAUGGACAAUAUAAAAACAAGGACUUAGCUUUAUGCACACCAUGUAUUGCAAAACUGGGAUCAGUUGUUUUUUACAGGGUGUCCUGUCAAAUGAAAAUUCUGAUUUCUGUAGAUAAAUUUUAAAUAAAUAAGUUAUUAACGACAUUUGGAGUUUUCUGUACUAA